ACACUAAUAAAAAUAAGGAGGGAUUCUAGAAGUAAAAAGAAAAUAGAAGUAAAAAAACACCCGUUUCAUUAGGAUGGCUGCACAGAGAGCCGACUACACAGACAACUUGCGAGUAAUUGGAGUGGAAGGGCGGGAAUUCGGCUGUGAGGGCGUGGCUUGCGAUGCAAGUUGUGAAGCGGCGGCUGCAGUGUGGUGGCACAGGCUCGCUGUAGAGCGCUGGAGUGCGGUUGUCUGUGUAGCAUCUCCGGGAUAUUUAGCGCAGAAACCUGUCAGUGUGACCUGCUUGCUGCUUCCCUCUAGCGCAUCACAGUCCAUGUCUGUGGCAUCACUAGGAGCUGCUCUGGUGUUGAACUGUAGCUCUCUGUCUGUCGCUGGGAUAUUGCUCUCCGUCCUGGAAUAAAGAUGAAGGCUGUGCUGCUGGGGUUCCUGCUACUGCUUCUGCCGCUGCUGGGCUCACUCAUGGCUUCAGCAGAUUUUCCAAGUUUAAGUGCUAAUAAAGACCACCUUGUCCUAGCUGCAGAUGAAACAUUAAAUAUUACAUGCAGGGGACUGAGACCCGUGAAUUGGACGUGGCCAAUAAACCACAGCAAUAUUAAUAACCGCUUAUCUGUCAGUGAGUGUCAAGAGAGCUCCUACUGUCUGACGCUCACACUUACCAAGGUUGUAGCCAAUGACAGUGGCAUUUACAAGUGCUACUAUGAAGACAGUAAUGCUACAAACAGUGUUCGGGUCUUUAUUCUGGAUAAAAGGUCUCCCUUUGUGCCUUCAAUAAGUGAACAACCUCUUGCUGUUUAUGUCACAGAGAAUAAAACUGUGACAGUCCCAUGCCUGGCUUCUAAACCUGAUCUGAAUGUCACACUGUCUGCGAAAUACCCAAGUUCCACAUUUCAUCCUGAUGGUAUCAGAAUACACUGGGAUAACAAAAAGGGAUUUACCAUAUUAAGUGAAUUAUUAAAGACUGUGAGCUUGGUCUCUUGUGAAACCAAACUCAACGGAGAGGUCUACAGCUCACCUACUUAUUUUGUACUAGUUGUAGGUUUUAAGAUCUACAGCCUGACCAUGAAUCCCCAUCCUCAGGUACAGCUGGCGGUUGGAGAGAAACUAGCUCUAACAUGCACUGCACGUACUCCUCUAAAUGUGAGAAUUGACUAUAAAUGGGACUAUCCUGCAAUCAUGGAUAAAAGAGUAGAAACAAAAGGGCACAAAAAAGAACUUCGUAGGGAACUGGAAUUUUCGGGGAUCUUCAUCUUAAACUCUGUGACACUGAAAGACAGAGGCAAUUACAGCUGCACAGCAUACACUGGCCUCAUGUCAAAGACCAGCAGUACAACUGUGAUUGUACAUGAGAAGCCCUUCAUAACCCUUGAUGAAACCAUGGACUCUGUCAUUGUAACCAAAGUUGGGCAGACGGUGAGAAUCCCUGUGAAGUACACAGCAUACCCUACUCCUGAUAUACGAUGGUUGAAGAAUGGGAAACCGAUGCCUCAUCAUAUAGUUAAAAUGGAAAACUCUUUAUUAAUCAAUGGCACAUGUGAAGAGGAUGCUGGGCAUUACACCGUCAGUCUUAGAAAUGGUCAGACAAAGCAGCAGGAAAGCCAUACCUUCCAACUGAUUGUACAGGUGCCACCAAAGAUAUAUGAGAAAGCUGUGCCUGCCCCCCUGGAUUCUUACAAGUACAGCAAUCCUUAUAUUUUAACCUGCACAGCAUCUGGAAUUCCUAACCCAGUCAGUAUAAAGUGGGAGUGGCAGCUGGAAGAUGAGUGUUCUUUUUAUUCACACCAAUAUGAUAUUGGGAAAAAACCAUACACAUGUGCAAGCUGGAGGGAUAUUUCUGACAAAAAUGGCGGAAAUGUGAUUGAAACCGAUGAAACUCGCACAGAUGUCAUAGAAGACAAAGUAAAGACAGUGAGUAAGUUGAUCAUUCGUUCUGCCAGAGUAUCUUCCCUGUAUAGAUGCUCAGCAUAUAACCAAGCAGGAGAGGAUGAGCAUGUGAUCUCUUUCCAUGUUACCAGAGGCCUAGAAAUUGACAUGCAUCCUAGCAGCAAGCUGACUGAGCGGGACAAUGUAACUCUCCUAUGCACAGCUGACAAGUUUACUUAUGAGAAUGUCACAUGGUUUAAGCUUAACCCCAGCAGAUGGUCAAUACCAGUGUGCAAAAACCUCGUUGGCCUGGUCAAAAUGCAUGUCUCAACGACAAAUACCAAUGGAAACAAUGUGACCUCAGCUCUAAUCCUGCAUAACAUUUCAAUGCAUGAACAAGGCAACUAUGUGUGUGUUGCUCAAGACAAAAAGACCCAGAAGAGAUAUUGUUUGGUCAGACACAUAAGUAUACAAGCACAGAAAGUUCCCUUCAUCCACCAUGAUCUGAAGAACCAAACUAGAAAUGUCAGUGAAACAGUGGUAGUGAAGUGUCAGGCCUCUGGAAAUCCUGAUCCGCAAAUCCUCUGGUUUAAAGAUGAGGACAGCCUUGUAGAAGACUCAGGCAUUAUUUUAAAAGAUGGCAAUAGGACUUUGAUAAUCCAAAGAGUUAGGAAGGAAGAUGAAGGGGUCUAUUCUUGCAAGGCUUGUAAUGACUUGGGAUGCACAAAGUCAGAAAUGUACUUCACUGUAAAUGACACAGACGAGAAAACAAAUCUGGAGCUCAUUAUUCUGGUUGGCACCGGAAUCAUCGCCUUGUUUUUUUGGGUGCUUCUCGUAAUCAUCCUCCGGACCGUAAAGAGGCCCAAUGGAGGGGAACUUAAGGCCGGCUAUUUGUCCAUCAUUAUGGACCCUGGUGAAGUUCCGAUUGAGGAACAGUGCGAGCGACUUUCUUAUGACGCCAGCAAGUGGGAGUUCCCAAGAGAUCGUCUUAAAUUAGGGAAGCUGCUUGGCCGUGGGGCUUUUGGACAAGUUUUGGAAGCGGAUGCCUUUGGAAUUGAUAAAAGUGGCACCUGCAAAACUGUCGCAGUAAAAAUGCUGAAAGAAGGGGCUACCACCAGUGAACACAGUGCAUUAAUGACAGAGCUGAAAAUUCUGAGCCACAUUGGUCACCAUUUAAAUGUCGUCAACCUGCUUGGAGCCUGCACCAAACCUGGAGGUCCAUUAAUGGUGAUUGUGGAAUACUGUAAAUAUGGAAAUCUGUCUGCUUAUUUAAGAAGCAAACGAAGUGAAUUUGUGUUAUACAAGACUAAAACUCCCCACUACAGGAAACAACACUAUGUUGAAGUUUCAAGAGAACUUAAGCGGCGCUUAGAUAGUAUUGCAAGUAGCCAAAGCUCAGCCAGCUCUGGGUUUGCAGAAGAGAAAUCUCUCAGCGACGUUGAGGAAGAAGAUACUGAAGUUUCUGAAGACACUUGCAAGACUCCUUUGUGUAUAGAAGAUCUGAUAUCUUACAGCUUCCAGGUGGCCAAAGGCAUGGAAUAUAUGGGGUCACGUAAGUGCAUCCAUCGUGACCUAGCAGCACGCAAUAUACUACUGGCUGAGAACAAUGUGGUAAAAAUCUGUGACUUUGGUCUGGCACGAGAUGUCUACAAAGACCCUGAUUAUGUCAGAAAAGGAGAUGCUCGGCUUCCUUUGAAGUGGAUGGCACCAGAAACCAUCUUUGACAGAGUAUACACUACACAGAGUGACGUCUGGUCAUUCGGAGUACUUCUUUGGGAAAUUUUUUCCUUAGGAGCUUCGCCCUAUCCUGGUGUUCAAAUUGAUGAAGACUUCUGCAGACGGUUAAAAGAGGGAACACGAAUGAGGGCGCCAGAAUAUGCGACACCGGAAAUAUAUCAGACAAUGCUGGACUGCUGGCAUGGAGAUCCACAACAAAGGCCUGUAUUUUCUGAGCUAGUAGAGCAUUUAGGAAAUGUGUUGCAAGCCAGCGUGCAACAGGACGGUAAAGACUAUAUUCCACUUACGGUAUCUUUAAACAUAGAAGAUGAUUCUGGCCUCUCUCUGCCAACUUCACCUGUUUCCUGUAUGGAGGAAGAGGAAGUUUGCGAUGCAAAAUUCCAUUAUGAUAAUACAGCUGGAUUAAGGUUCCUUCAGAGCAGCAGCAAGAGACAAAGCCGUCCUGUUAGUGUCAAGACAUUUGAGGACAUUCCUGUAGAGCCUGUGAUGAAAGUCAUUCAAGAUGAGAAUCAGACAGACAGUGGGAUGAUUCUAGCAUCAGAAGAGCUGAAAACAAUACAGAACAAAACAGACCAAACACAGUUUUUUAGUAAAAGCAAGGAGUCUGUUACAUCCAAGUCUUCAAACCAAACUAGCGACUACCAGUCAGGGUACCAUUCCGAUGACACGGAGGCAGCUACAGAUUCUAAUGAAAAGACGCAACUACUCAAGAGAAAUUCUCCAUCAGACAAUUGCCAUCCAGACAUCAUUCGGCAUGAAACUGUUCUCCAGUUAAGCACAGAUGUUUAAAUAUGGUGGCAUAAUGCUGCACAAAACGUUUUCCUAGGAGCUACGAACAAUCUAGUCUUCCUGUGCACUGCUAUUAAGAUACUAUUUUCUUUCAACUUCUUCCAGCUGGAAGCCUCUAGGUGAUAUGACAUACGUAUGCUUCUGUGGAUCUACCCAAAAAUUAGGAAUGGAUUCCAUAUGACAGUGCCUUAAAGUAUAGAUUUUAUAUCAUUCUGAAAACAGGGUAUGGAUCUUCUGGAGCCAUGUUUCUUGUAUUGACACCAAGUGUCUGCCAUUGAGUUGUUAUGAACUACUCUGCUCCUGAUUACUCCUUCAAUACAGUGGAAAUACCAAAUCACGCAGAUCUUCAUCUUGAGCUGUGAAAAAAAUUGAUGCUGCACUAUUUCUAAUACAGUUGUGCCUUUAAAGAAAAGCAAAGGAAAUAAGGAUGUUAUUUGGUUUUAUCAUGGCUUCAUACUAGGCCAAGUUACACACUGACUACCAGUCAUUUUAUUAUACUAGUUGGAUGGAUGGGUAUAGUAACUGGAUACUGCAGAGUUAUAACAACAAACAUAACUUGUGUACUACAUGAGUAGCAGUUUUACAAUUUGUCUUAAUUAUUUGCUUGUUUGAAUUUAUAUUACUUCCUCUGUUACAAUAAAAUGCAUCAUUGUCCCUAGGCUGGAAUAAAACUGGCAAACAGUGGCUAAUUUAUUGUUAAAAAUGUAGAAUAAAUACUCCACCAUUUAUAUACUGAUCUGGUCUCUUGGGGCAUAUUUAUUGUAAUACUGAAGUGAUGUCAAACUGCUUUAGCAGCCAUGAUGUCAGAGCUGUAAAACGAAUAAGCUAUUUAGUUACAGGACAUUGUUACUUCUUAUUUGUUUUUGUUUUUUCAUGGGGUUACCAUGUAGUUCCUACAUCAUUAUGUAUUAAGGCUAGCUAAACAAUCCAGGGACAGAAAUUCUAAAUAGCCUGCGGAUAAUUUAGCUUCAGUACAUUCAUUUUGCAUCAUUUAUGGUCCAUUGUAGUGAAAAUAGAUUGUAAUAUAUAAAUAUUUAUAUUAGUAAACGGUUAUAUAUGUGUAUAUAUAUAUAUAUAAUAAACAAUAUAAAGUUCUUAUUUUAUAUUAUUUUUUUGUAUAAUGUUUUCUAAUUAUAUUACUCAGCUGCCGUAGGUUUCUUUCAGUUAUAUAAGCAAAUGUUUCAGUAUGAUGUAAAUUAUGGAAAUAUUUUUCCAUUUCAAGACAUACUGGCGGCCAGAAUUUGCUUGCUAUGUCUUAUAUAAGCUAUUUCUUAAAGUAGAACAUAAACCUUAAUAAUAAAAUGCCCUACCCUACAAAGACCCCCCUCCCCAGCCUAGGUGGUACCUUUUGUUCACGGGCGCCAUCUUCUUCUCUUCGUAAACUUCGGGACUUCUUCUGGCGCUUUGGAAAUUUCCGUGACUUUCGGCGCAUGCGCAGUUGUUGUGAAACAGAAGAUUACUCCAACUGCGCCUGCUCCAUUACGCCGCUCUAUUACCGAAGAGAAGAAGAUGGCUGUCGUGAAUUCCGAUGCCCUGAAUCUGCACCGAGGGGUAAGUAAAGAGUUAGCGGCAUUUACCAAAGGUAUCACCUAGGCUGCGGGCGAGCAGGGAGGGGGGGUCUAUGUAGGGUAGGGUUUUUUAUUAGCAAGGGUUUGGUUCUCCUUUAAAUACAUUGAGUUGAAAGAUGUAACUCAGAUGAGAGUGCCUAACUGGAGUCUUAAAACCUAUUUGUCGAGCAAUGAAUUGAUAGAAGAGAAACAGGUCUAAUUGUUUAACACUUCUUGUUUAUGGUUUAUUGUUCAUGUACAUUUUUUGAACAUUAUUUAUGUGGAACGGCAAAUGUAUUUACAUAUUGUCAAACAAUCAAUUGAUUUUUUUUGAAAAAAUUCAAUAAAAAGAAUUUGAAAAGUA